AUGCAUGCUAAGCUCGCCCUCGUUGCCGCUCUCACCGGCUCAGCCAUUGCCGCCAUGGACCUCCGCCCGGACCGUGUCCGCCGCGAUCUCCUCCCCCGUCAGACUGACAUCCCCAACCCUUCAGCCGACUCCUGCCUGAGCGCCCUGGCUACUGUCUAUGCCAAUGCACCCACGCCGCCUCCCAAGAUCGUCUCGUACGAGAUGACUGCCGCUCCUCAAACGGACCCCUGCAGUGUCACAUAUCCCUCGGAACUGAGCGCAGAAUACUCAAGCUACACGUCCGCCGUCAUCAGCUGGGUCAACGCCAACUCGGCCUCUAUCAACUCCGCACUCUCACAGUGCUCUACCGUGACUGACUUCGCGACCGAGAUCGCAUCCUGCUCGGCCACCGGCAAAGUCGGCUCCAAGGCGACUGGCAGCGCUUCCGGCGGUGCUGCCGGCUCCGCAGCCGCCACCAAGACACCCAAUGCCGGUCCCCGUGAGACUGGCAUGGUCGGUGCUGUUGUCGCCGCGGCCGGUCUUGUCGGCGCUGCUUUGCUAUAA